ACCGACUGAAAUCGCAGAAACCAGCUCUCAAGUUACACUCAACCAUUAUUAUAGCAUACUUCAAGCUACCCCCAAGCUACCCCCAAGCUACUCUCAAUCCAGCAAUCGACAUGGCCUCCGCACCCGCCGUCCCCCUGGCCCGAUAUCCAAGCAACAUGGACCACCAGUCCUCAGAUACAACAACUGCGAAUCAUUCUGCCGAAGCUCCUGAGACACUAUACUCUCCAACCGCCGGCACACACCGCACGUACCACAUCGACUUCUCCUGGGGCAAGUUCAAGUCCCUCAUCACCGACAAAGGCGACCCCACCUCCACCCCCCUCUACAUCGUCAACUACAAAGCCUUCUCGCCCCACCUCGUCUUCAAGUCCGCCUCGUCCGACACUGCCUUCGGCACCGGCACCAUCCACCCCAUCUCCAUCAACGCCGAAUGCACCGUGCACGACCGCCCCAUCAAGCUCAAGGCCCUGAAACGCUUCAAGACCUCCUACGAGCACCAGUCCCUCGCCUUCUCCGACACCGCAGAGCUCGUGCCCAUGACGUGGACCGGCAGCGUUGGGCUGAAGACGUGGGAAUUUGUUUGUCUCGAUGAGGCACAGAUGCCCGUCGCGAAGUGCGUGAUCAACAUGUGGGGGAUCAAGAGGGUGGGGUGGAUUGAGUUUUUGGGAAAACGAGCAGCGGAGAGCGAGAAGGCACGGGACGAGAUUAUAGUGACGGGCAUGACGUUGAUGUAUUGUAUGGCGCUGCGGUCGAAUAAUAUCCUUUCGCUGUUUGGGGCUGUGUUUGCAAAGACCGGGAAGGAGGGGAACGAUGCGACGAAGCCGCAUGCAGAGUGAGGGUUUGACGGUUUUGAGGCGGGAUAGUGUUGGUCUUUUGGUGCGAGGAGUUCAAGAUUAUGGCAUUCCAUCUCCCUUGAAUUUGUGAAAGUGUACUGAAGCGUUGCAGAGAUUCUUGCACUAUGAACAAUUCCAAAGAAUAGCUACCCUCGCGGGUAUCGAGCCAUGCAACUACGACUCUUUCCCAGAUUUCUUAGACUCCAUCGGUUUUGACGUAGCCAUCUAUGGCUCCUAGCCUUACACUCGAGGCGUAGGGUGGUGAGGAUCUGAAGUGCUUCCUGGCGGCCUUAGCUGAAGGGGUAUUUGCAUCAAUCAUAAAAUAAUUCUGAGACCGAUAGUGAUAUAACA